UUUCGUUGGUGUUCGGUAGAACUCGGAGAGUCUCGACUCCAGCACGUUUUUGGUCGUGACUCGUGACGGUCAUGACACAGACGUAGACAUGGACGCCAGUGAGCCUACAACCAGGAUACCGGAUCUCAGCAGCCACUGAAUUCAGUUCGGUCUCUUCUCCAGCAUCCGUUCGAGAGGAGAACUAUGGUGGAAAAACUUAAUGUCAAAGAGCUUGGACCAGAUCAGCCCGACGUAAAGAGAAGCCAGCAGGAGAAGGAGAAGGAAGGUGGAUGUGGAACUUGUGUCUCAUUGGGGACUCCAUUCCUUCUCUGACUGAGGAAUGCAGCGCAUCAGUGCAGCAGCCAACAAAGAAACGGAGGACGUUUGGACAGGGAGAACAGCAGCUGGGUGCAGAGUGUACUCCUAUCUGUCUCCCACAAGCAUCAGCAGCCUUUCCAUCAGUCUCCGUGAAACCGGCGCUACUACGGCGCCAAGCAUGUCCCCUCUGCGCCCUGGAGGAGCGGCGUCCUCCGCCGUGAAGCUCUGCGUCUUUCUGCUGUCCGCCUCCACCUGGAUACUGGGACCCGCGGGCUGUGACAGCCGGGUUUUGGGCCGGCGUGGCUUGGAGGAUCCAGACACGCGCGGUGGAGAGAGAGGUUUGGGGGAGGAAGCGUCCUCCCGCUUCAGGAGAGCCACGUCCUGGGAUAAGCAGAUGUCCCUCCUCAGCAGCUCGUUCGUGCUUAAAGGGGAUGCGACCCACAACCAGGCGAUGGUCCACUGGACAGGAGAGAACAGCAGCGUCAUCCUGAUCCUGACCAAGUACUACCACGCUGACUCGACCAAGGUGCUGGAGAGCUCCCUGUGGAGGUCCAGCGACUACGGCACGACCUACACCAAGCUCAACUUGGUGCCAGGGACAACCAUCGUUGUGACUAGCUUCUACAUCUGCCCGACCAACAAGAGAAAGCUGGUCGAUGCGCCGCAGUGGCAGCUCCCAUUGGAGGCUUCAGGAUCCCGCCCACCCCCACCUCCCCAUUGGACUCUGAUGUUGUACACGUGCUGUCUGUGCUUCCAUGUCGGGUGUUUUUUUGCACUGGAGUGCUACACCCUGCUGGUGUAACCCUGUUAAUGCCUUUUUUCCCCCUCCCUGAACUUUCCUCAUGUAACACCCUUUUCAUCUAACUAUUAAGGUAGCGCGACUCAUGUUGCGAAUGACCGCAGUCACCAAUUCUUGUUAUGUGUCUUACCCACGUAUGUCUGAUCUUUGAAUUGUGUGUGCUGAAACUGAAUUUCAUUUCUCUGUAUGUCCUGCACAUGUGGAGAAUAUGACAAUAAAUGACUCUUGACUCUUGACUCUCUUGGUUCAGGCCUUUAUUGGAAGGAGGCCAGAAUUAGAGGAAGGCCUCAGUUUAAAUUUGAGCAAAAUAAACUACCAGUAGAAUGAAUAAAACAAGAUUUUGUGUCUAUUUGAACUAUAAAACACCGGGUUUGUUUAUUGAAAAUGUAAAGCUAACGUCGUACGUACGUGUGCGUAUAGAACAUUUACACAAAUACUGUUGUUUCGGGCUAAAUCCCAGUAUGGUAGCAAACGUAGCAACCAUGCCGGUAGUGCGUUGUAAACACUUGGUGAUCAUUAGGUUAUUAAUUCACAACAAAAGGCAAGAGACACCUGUAAUGAUAAAAGAGGGCAAACUGCUUAAGAGCUAUUUAUUAUUAGUAGUAGUAUUAUUAGUUGUGACCAAUAGCUGUGAUACUCUAUAUAAACCUUGCCUGGUCUUUAUUUGUUUUAGUCAGAAGUUUCUGAGAUUCUUUUGUCGACUAAGGGAUCGUACGCACUUCGUUUCAAGAGUCAGGUUUCCAAACAAAAUAAGAAUUUAUUUUACAAACACUUAAGACUUGACAAACUGUAUAAACUAUUAUUUACUGUGAGUGGAUGCGAACUAAACGAUGGGUGUCUGGAAGCUAUGUGUGAAUAUAAUGUAUUCAGAGUCAGAAUCAUGAGGAAGCUGAGUUCUGGAUGGAGAGAAUUUGGUUUCCAAGUAAGCUAUCAAGUUCUUAUUGUCAGAGCCACAUGCAGACGCCAUCUCGCUGUGCUCUACCUCACCCAUUUGGAUCCGAGAUGUCCAGGAGCCGACGACCCCAAUGCACCUGGCUCGUAGAGAAACCUCGAUACGCCCAAAUCAGUCCUCAGAUGUCUCCGGGUCACAACGUUAGAUGAAAAUCAGUUUUGAGUCAGCUUUGUCCUGCAGGGAACUAUGUAAAGGAUGGCUAGUUUACAUCUUACUCAUGAACCAUAACAUGUGAGAUUCCAUAGAAAUAUGAAACAUCAAUCUGAUGGGUCUUUGAAUAUUUUAACCCGAAGAUCAGAACUUUUUAUUGCAGGGAUUAAGCGACACUUCGUAUUAACUCCGAGGAAAGAGAGAGAGUCAGGUUUAUAAUAGUUAAUACAUUUAUUUCUAUCCAAUUUAAACAAGACUAACUUAAACACUCUGUGUACUGAUGGACUAAGGUGGAGUGAGACGUGAGAGGAUGGUGUGUGUGUGUGUGUGGAAUGUUAUCAUCAGAACCAGCGGAUCCGGAGAAGCAGUUCUGAGUGGGAGUGAAUGUUUCGCUCUAAGCUUUAGUAAGAGAUUUAUAACACACAUGAGAUGCCAUCUGUCGGUCUACGUACCCCAGAGGAAGCCUCCGUCAGAUCCAGAAUGUCGAGGUCGUCUUGGACCCUCCUUGGUACCGAAGCCGGUAGAAAAGCAGCGGUGCCGACCAAACUAGUCUUGGAAUGCUUCCAGGUCACGACAGGUUAUCACUGGCGUCUCCGAGACCCUGAAGGGGUCGUGAGGUUCAGCUUUUAUUCUGAAGGAGCCGUUGCGGUCAGGUGUAACGUGCAACAAAUUUUAUCCAGCUUGUCGAGGUUCUUUAUGGCUGAAGAGGAAGUCCGGAUGGCCGGUCCGAGACUUCUCUAGAACGCUUGAACUAAAGAAAAGUUGGCGUGGGAGAGUUUUUAUAAUUGUCAUAUUUUGGUUUACUGGCGAAUCAGAAUUUGACAUGAAAAAGAGGGUUUAUACAAACACCACAGAUAACCACACCUCUUGUCAGAAACGAAGGUUCUGAUUGGAUCAGACAAAAGGAAAUGUGUCGUGUGACUUUAGCAUUACGUGUCUUCAGUGUCUAGCGCUAAUGUCCAGGAUUAUAAUUACCUGUAAAAUACUACUGAUCACAGGAUUAUAAUAUCAAGUAAUAACAUUGUCAUUCCACAGAUUGAUUGAUCAUUGGGCUCACAUUAUAAUUGGUAAUAACAAAGUUGUUGAUUAUGUGUUUAUCAGAAUAGUUCUUCAUUUUCGUCUUUGUAACAAAGGUGAAGCAGUUCAGAUGAGCAGAGUGCAUGAAAGACCUUGGCCACUAUCUCAUGUAGAUUCGCCUGUCAGAGACUUUAUGUCUCUGCUCGAGCAGAUGCAGCAGAUCAUGACCUUUAGGUCAAAAACAGGACAUUCAUAACGCUACAACUAUCUCGUUGUUUCAGCUUCGCAGGUGCGAAAAAGGUUCAAGGCUUUGACAACGUGUCAAAAUCCUUCUGGUGAAAGAGGCUUUCGCUCAGAUGGCCGGUCUGAAGCUUUUCUCUAGAACCCUCAAACUGUUGAACUGUUCGAACUGAGGGAAAACCAGAGCUGGCUAGUUUUAAUGGAUAGAUAUUAUGAUUGACUAUCCAACCACAGGUUGGCACGUUUGAGGAUAUUACCAAGCAUCUCAGAGACACACCCUCUGUGAUGGACACUCCGAAUCUGGGCAAAAUGUUAACUUAUGUGUCAUGCGUUAACUUACUCUGUCCUUGUGUGAGUGACCUCAUCCAGUAAACAUGCUAACAUAUAUCACUGAGCACAGAUUAAUGAACAUUUCAUUAUUUAUAAUUAUAAAAUCUUAUUUCUUCUGGAAAUAAAGGAGUUUGUUUAAAAGAGUUUCUCUGUGAUGGACCUUGGAGGAGAAUGUUAUUGUUAACAUUGUUAACAGUGGGUAAGUACACUAUUUAAUAAAAUAUUUCAAGAUCAACGGUACUUUAAUGUUCAUAAUCAAAACUAUAGUUAGGUUUGUGCCGUAAAGCCGGCCACUAUUAGAGACCCCCGCUGACAGUGAGACGGGCUAGUGUGAUACAGGCCAGUAUUAGAGACCACUGCUGACAGUGAGACGGGUUAAUGUGAUACAGGCCACUAUUAGAGAUCCCCGCUGACAGUGAGACGGGCUAAUGUGAUACAGGCCACUAUUAGAGACCCCCACUGACAGUGAGACGGGUUAAUGUGAUACAGGCCACUAUUAGAGACCCCACUGACAGUGAGACGGGUUAGUGUUAUACAGGCCACUAUUAGAGAACCCCGCUGACAGUGAGACGGGAUAGUGUGAUACAGGCCACUAUUAGAGACCCCCGCUGACAGUGAGACGGGUUAAUGUGAUACAGGCCAGUAUUAGAGACCCCCGCUGACAGUGAGACGGGCUAAUGUGAUACAGGCCACUAUUAGAGACCCCCGCUGACAGUGAGACGGGAUAGUGUGAUACAGGCCACUAUUAGAGACCCCCGCUGACAGUGAGACGGGUUAAUGUGAUACAGGCCAGUAUUAGAGACCCCCGCUGACAGCGAGACGGGCUAAUGUGAUACAGGCCACUAUUAGAGACCCCCGCUGACAGUGAGACGGGUUAAUGUGAUACAGGCCAGUAUUAGAGACCCCCGCUGACAGUGAGGUGGGCUAAUGUGAUACAGGCCAGUAUUAGAGGUCUUACGGUACAUAAGAGCUCUGGUGAGAGGAAGACAAAGUGAGAAUGGACACAAAGCAUAAACAGCAAGACAAUAAGAGAUAAAUGGAGAAAGUCACUUGGAAAAGCAAAUCCACGAAACUGAAAAGAAGAAGCUAAUGACUGAGAGGAGCUGGUGUCUGAGGCAGGAGAAAUGAGUCUGGUCGUAACAAUUAGACUGAUUAAACGAGUGGCGCUCUGCAACAUUUCACCCACAUCCCUCACCUAAUUUACCGCGCAGCACUCGGCUUCCUAACAUGCCUGGGAGGGUAAACAAAAGAGACUCCCACCAGAGAAAACCCUCUAACACACACACACACACACACACACACACACACACACACACACACACACACACACACACGGUCUAUACAAGACACCCUUGUAAAUGAAGAGCACCCUCUUAACUCAUGAUUUGCUCAUAGUGGGGCUUGCAGCUGAGGCUUGUUUCUGG